CGCGAAAAAUUGUUUAAAUUAAACACGUGAUCGUGUACAUAUUAGCUGGCACGACAUUUUGCUUUUUGUCCUACUUAGCCUGAAAACUAACCUGCAUAACCAACGUGCAACAAGUGCUCGCGCCAAAAUCGACUUUUUUUGUAGCGUGUAGGAGUAAUAAAAAUGUCUAGUUUAACUGAUAAUCAUGAUGCUGCUAAAGUCAGGUACAUUCGUGUGAAACAUCUAAAUGGUCAACGAAAGUCGUCUGAGGACAAUAUCACUACUGACAUGAUCUAUGGCAAUCACAGCUUUGCAAACAAUGAGUUCUUAAAAAACCAUAAGUACAAACUCAUAGACAAAGAUAAUUCUACCAAGAACCCAAAGUUACUGACAAGAGUAUUAAUUUUAAGCAUUGCAGAUACACUAGAAGAACUGGAGCAAAAUUUGUCUACUAUGUUAUCUGUGCGUAUACCUUGUCUGAAAAAUAUAGACACAGCUACAGACUCAGAAGUCGACUGCACUGCCCAAGCUCAUGCACCCUUGACCAGCAAAAAGAAAUUUCAGGUCAAAGAAUCUUCUAAGUACUGUAAAAUUAAGAUAGAGAGACUCAUGGAGAAGAAAUUAGUUGCAAAAAGAGGACUCGAGGAUGAACAAACAGCCAGAAAUGUUAACAAAAAGAGAAAAACUGCUUCUGAAUCUGAAAGUAACUUUUCUGAUAACGAAAAUCCACGUGAAAAAGGAUUAGAGAAAAAGAGAGAUGAAAACGAAAAGCAUUACUUAUCUCACUAUGGCUAUUUACCUUUGUCAAGUCCAGCGACUGGAGGCAUUAUAUCUGAGAAGGCGCUACAUCGUGCACUUGCUGAAUUUCAGUCGUUUGCCGGUAUUAAUGUUACAGGCGUAUUAGAUCACGAAACUGUUUUUUUAAUGUCUUUGCCAAGAUGUGGGGUAAAAGAUAAAAUUAGCAGGAUCUACGAAAAUCGUUCCAAGCGUUAUGCGCUUCAAGGUUCUAAAUGGCGCAUCAAGAAUCUAACAUAUAAAAUAUCUAAAUAUCCCCGAGCUUUAGAUAGAAAAGCUGUAGAUGCAGAAAUUGCUAAGGCUUUUUUUGUUUGGUCAGAAUAUACGGAUUUAACUUUUACACCAAAAAAGUCUGGUCACGUACAUAUAGAGGUUCGAUUUGAAAGAGGCGAACAUGGAGAUGGUGAUCCUUUCGAUGGCCCUGGAGGUACCUUGGCUCAUGCUUACUUUCCCGUUUACGGUGGAGAUGCACAUUUUGAUGAUUCCGAGCACUGGACGAUAAAUAGUUUUAGAGGAACAAAUUUAUUUCAAGUAGCAGCACACGAGUUUGGACAUUCUCUCGGUCUUAGUCACAGCGAUGUUAGAUCAGCAUUAAUGGCGCCUUUUUAUAGAGGAUAUGAUCCAAACUUCAUGUUGGAUAGUGAUGAUAUUCAAGGCAUACAGGCUCUUUACGGUUUAAAAUCAGAAGCUAUCGAAAUAGGAACAAAACAUCAACAACUUACCACAAAUAUACCUCCCACAAAAGAAGAAGAUGCUCAAUUAUGUCUAGAUUCAAAAAUCGAUACAAUCUUUGAUUCAGCGGAAAGUGAAACAUACAUUUUUAAAGGUCAAUAUUAUUGGAGAUUAACGAAUGAAGGCAUAGUAAGUGGUUACCCGAGGCUUAUAAGUGAAUCCUGGAAAGAAUUACCAGGUAAUAUUGAUGCUGCAUUUACGUACAAAAAUGGAAAAACGUAUUUUUUUAAGGGUUCCAGAUAUUGGAGAUACAUUGACAAGAUAAUCGAUGGAGACUACCCGAAAGACAUCAGUGAAGGUUUCACAGGAAUACCUGACAAUAUUGAUGCCGCUUCAAUAUGGACUGGCAAUGGCAAAAUUUACUUUUUUAAAGGCACCAAGUUUUGGAAAUUUGAUCCAUCACUGAAACCACCAGUCAAAAGUACUUACCCUAAAUUAAUUUCAAUCUGGAAAGGAAUUCCAGAUAAUAUAGAUGCAUUGCACUCUCACAAUGGUUAUACAUACUUUUUUAAAGACAAAGAAUAUUAUAGAUUUAAUGAUAGAACUUUUUCUGUAGAUACUGCUAAUCCUUUAUUUCCAAGGGCUACUGCUUAUUGGUGGUUUGGUUGCAGAUCUUCAAAUAAAGAAACUUUGAAUUAUGUUCAGUGGCAUUCUAGGAAUAAUUCAGAAAGAUUAAAUUCAAAUUCUAAGGACUUGAAAGCAAAUUAUAAUAGUAUAAUUGAAAACGUUCGAGAUGCAGAAGAGAUAGAAUUGGAUACUAUAACACAAAUUCCAAAUUAAGAUAAAUAAAUGAUAUAUAACUAAAUAUAUACCAGAAAAGUGAUAAACGAAUAUGAAUAAUUCUCCUAUUAGUUAUUUAGUCUUUUUUUUCAUGUAGUACGGGCUUAACUAUCGCUUAACUAUGUAUUACGUAAAAUCAUGACAGAAUGUAUCUUACAUUAUUGUGAGUUACUCUUAUGUACAAAAAAGGGAGGAAUAAAUAUGUUAGAA